AUUUAACCCGGAAGUUGUCAGUGCGUACUGCGUUCAUCAAACGAUUGUGUUGUUGCAGUAGUACUAGACGUGUUUUGUUAGUAUUUACAUUUUAUCUGCCCACAUCAUUACAAUAUAAUGCUUUACUAACAACGCGCAUAAUGUAAGUUAGCUUAUGGCGUCUUUGUACUGUUGAUAUUAUUUAAAUAUUUACCGGUUCUCCGUGUUAUAAUCCACUGAAGUGCGUUAGGUAGCACUAAGACACAUAUCGCACAUUUAGUCCGCAAACAGACCCGAUAUGGGUUCAUCAAAGAAACACAAAGAGAAGGAGAAAGACCGGGAUCCAGAGGACCGGCACCGUGAGCACAAGAAACACCGUCACAAGGAUCGAGACAAGGAGAAGGACCGCGAGCGAGAGAAGAGAAAGAGAUCCCGCUCCAGAGAGAGGGGCAGCCGGGGAGCAGAGAAAGACAGGAGCGGUAAAGCAGAGAGGAGCAAUGCGGAGCCGCGAGUCAAGAAGGAGAAGCCUGAUCCUGCUUUCGAGGACAAAAGCGAGCCAGGUCCCAAAUCUGCCAGUGGUGAUGCUUCACUCAGCAUCGAAGAGACCAAUAAACUGAGGGCCAAACUAGGUUUGAAACCCCUUGAACUCAAUGUAAACAAGAAAGGUAAGAAUCUGAUGGUCAUGCUACAUCAAAGUGCUAUUUACCAUUAUACACUACCAUUCAAAAGUUUGGUGGCUGAGCACAUUAAUCAAUUGGUGAAGGCGGAAGAUGAUGACAAUGACCCAGACAAAAAGAACAACAUUGUCUUUAAUGCAACCUCUGAAUUUUGUCGCACUCUUGGAGACAUCCCCACCUACGGGCUAUCAGGAAACCGAGAGGACCAAGAGGAUAUUAUGGACUUUGAAAAGGAUGAUGAGAAAGAAGGAGGCGGACAGUCAGACUCUGAUAUGGAUGACAACGUGGGCUGGAGCACCGUCAACCUGGAUGAAGAGAAAACCCAGGCAGAUUUCUCAACGACCUCCACUACUAUUCUGGAUGAAGAGCCCAUUGUGAACUCUGGUCUCGCUGCCGCUCUACUUCUGUGCAAAAACAAAGGACUGCUGGACACACAGAUGCUGAAGGUGGCUCGUGUCAAAGCCUCAAAAGGAGCUCUGCCAAAUGAUAACUACUGCAUCGAAGACAAGAUUUGCAUUGAUGUUUUUCAGGUGGCUGAGCACAUGAAUCAAUUGGUGAAGGCGGAAGAUGAUGACAAUGACCCAGACAAAAAGAACAACAUUGUCUUUAAUGCAACCUCUGAAUUUUGUCGCACUCUUGGAGACAUCCCCACCUACGGGCUAUCAGGAAACCGAGAGGACCAAGAGGAUAUUAUGGACUUUGAAAAGGAUGAUGAGAAAGAAGGAGGCGGACAGUCAGACUCUGAUAUGGAUGACAACGUGGGCUGGAGCACCGUCAACCUGGAUGAAGAGAAAACCCAGGCAGAUUUCUCAACGACCUCCACUACUAUUCUGGAUGAAGAGCCCAUUGUGAACUCUGGUCUCGCUGCCGCUCUACUUCUGUGCAAAAACAAAGGACUGCUGGACACACAGAUGCUGAAGGUGGCUCGUGUCAAAGCCUCAAAAGGAGCUCUGCCAAAUGAUAACUACUGCAUCGAAGACAAGAUGAAUAUUGAUGACAAGUACAGCAGGAGGGAGGAAUACAGAGGCUUCACUCAGGAUUUCAAAGAAAAGGAUAACUACAAGCCAGAAAUCAAGAUUGAGUAUGUUGAUGAGUCUGGUCGCAAGCUCACCCCUAAAGAGGCUUUCAGACAGCUGUCCCAUCGUUUCCAUGGGAAGGGCUCUGGCAAGAUGAAGACUGAGCGGAGGAUGAAAAAGCUUGAGGAAGAAGCGCUGCUGAAAAAGAUGAGCAGCAGUGACACUCCUCUGGGCACCGUUGCUCUUCUGCAGGAAAAGCAGAAGUCCCAGAAAACUCCUUACAUUGUGCUGAGUGGCAGUGGGAAGAGCAUGAAUGCGAAUACCAUUACAAAAUAAAUCUGGAUACUGGGACCAAACAACUGGUCUUUCAAACAAAAUCUACUCAUUUUAGCCAUCUUUUAAAAAUGAAUAGUCGCAACCAGUGAUGUGUGUAUAUACAAACCCUGUUUUGUGUAAAUUCACACCCCUUGAUUUGAUUUGAUUAAUUCAUAGAAUUUUCUGUAGAACACUGUAUUCUUUGUUUUUUUUUUCUCAUUAAAAAACUUGCGAUGAAACUGA